GAUAUAUUUAUGUGAUAAUAUUUUUCUGUGGAGUACGAACUACGAACGCCGUAGCCCGUAGUGCCGUGCCGUACGUGUACCCACGUACCGUCGACUAUCAUUGCCGUGCCAUAAGUCCGUUUACUUGCGGUUAAUCGCACUCGAAUUGCAUUUUCUAUUCGUGUUACGAACUUAAGUCUAAAGGUCGGUAUCGUUGUAUUUUGCAUAAGACGUAAGCGUGCGCUUGAUGCGUUUCUGUGCCGAUGCAAUUGACCGAACUGCAUCUAUGCAGUUCUGUGAGCCGUCACAUUUAAUUUUAAAUUAAAAUUCACGUGAAUAUGAAGUCUUUGUGACGGACCGUGCGAAUUUCUUCCUUGUUGGUACAGAAAAUCAAAAAACAUAUUAUAUUUUUAUCUCCUUAUUAUUGCGGUUGUCUAUAAAUUAAAGCAAAAAUGAAGCCACUAAAUUACCAUGGAAGUGAAAUUUUUAUAUCACUCUCUGAAAGCAUUGGGCUAUCUGUAGAUUUGGUGAAUUUUGUAAUUUGUCAACUUAUAGCAUUAUGUAUAGCGCCAUUAAUGUAUACAUUUUUGCCACCAAAAAAUCAGCAAUAUAUAUUUCUUCGAGAAAUAUUUGGACUUAUUAUUGGAUUAACCAUGGCUUACAUCUGUUUUGGAUAUCAAAUGUUACAUCUUAUUGUUUUACCAACAAUCUGUUAUGUUACAUUAAAAACAUUAAAUCCAAAUACGAUACAUAAAGCUGUUUUACUUAUAUGUUGUGUGUACUUAUCAUUACUGCAUAUUUAUCGUCAAGUUUACGAGUAUGGAUCUUAUACCUUGGAUAUUACUGGUCCAGUUAUGGUAAUGGUACAAAAGUUAUCAGCAUUAGCCUGUGGUUUACAUGACGGCCUUAUGGCUGAUAAAAAACAGUUAACAGAUAUUCAAAAACGUUAUAAAAUUAGAAAGGCACCAACACUCAUUCAAUACAUAAGCUAUUUAUUAACAUUUCAAACAAUUUUAGCUGGACCCAAUGCAUUUUUUGAAGAUUAUAUAGCCUAUUUAGAUGGGACCAAUUUUCCAAAAAAAUUACCUAAAGAGGCUAAAUCACCUCCGUCUCCUUUAAAGCCUGUAUUGAAAAAAGUAUUAAUUACAUUCAUAUGCGCUCUUGUAAUAUACUUCAUUGUACCAAUGUAUCCAUCUACUACAUUGCUAGAUGAAAAAUUUUUGUACGAAACUCCGAUCUACUCAAAAAUUUGGUUUAUUAUAGUCAUAACCUCUUUAACUCGUUUUAAGUAUUAUUUUGCUUGGACCUUAGCUGAUGCAGUUUGCAAUGCUUCUGGUUUUGGAUUUACUGGUUAUAACGAGAAAGGCGAACAAGAAUGGAAUUUACUGGAUAACAUCGAUAUUUUAGGAGUUGAAUUUGGUGUAAACUUUAGAGCUACUAUUGAUGCAUGGAACAAAGGCACAAAUCUGUGGCUUCGUUAUGUUAUGUAUGAAAGGGCAUCUCCUAAAUAUAACACAGUUAUGACGUACACUCUAUCUGCAUUUUGGCACGGUUUUUACCCUGGUUAUUAUGUGACCUUCCUUACUGGAUCAUUGUUUACGAACAGUGCAAGAAUGGUUCGAAGAUGUUUAUGGCACAGAUUCCAGCAACCCAAACCUGUGAAACUAGCUUACGAUUUUGUAACAUGUUUCUUAACAAGACUUUGCUUGUCAUACAUGACAUUUUCAUUUAUUAUCUUAGAGCUUAUGCCUGCAUUGCGUGUCUUUUGGCAUCUCAUGUUUUAUCUGCAUAUAUUAGCUGUGUUGGGCAUGUAUGUACUUCCAUUAAUUGUCUCACCGCUCAAAACAGUCAAAAAAAAAUCACAAUAAUUUGAUGUAAACAAUUAUAGUUAACAACUAUAAUCUUUAUGAAUUCGAUCAAUAAAAGACUGUAUGUGUGGUAAAUCAAAAUUUAUUAUUUAUGAAGUUGAAUUAAUUUAAAAUUACAUUGAAAAACAAUAAAGAAACUGAUUAUGUCAUAGGAGUUAAUUAGAGAAUUAAGUAUAGUUAACCAUAUGAUUUUAACAUAGUAUAUAAUUAUAUUGGAUGCAUAACAUCAAAGGCCAUGUUGAAUGAGUGGCAUUAAAACAACACUCUAAAUUUGUCUGAAUGAAUGUUUACUUCAUGUCAAAAUUAAUUUUAAAACCACGAAAUCCGGCAUUAUUUUAACACAAUGUUAAUAUAGCAAUGGAAACAUGCCUUUGAUUAAAUUUGUUUACAUUAAUGAUAUUAUAUGUGUUUUGCUCAUCGUUUUUAUUAGUCUACUAAAAAUAUAAAUCACAAAUUUAGUUAAAAACAAUAACAAUUACAAAUUUUUUGUAUUUCAAUUAUUUUAUUAUAUAAAACAAUAUAUAGUAAUAGUAUUUGUAUUUUAUGUUUGUUAAUUAUACAAAUUACUGUUUAUGAUUAAAACAAAUAAAUGUAUAGAAGAAAAAAGAA